AUGGCGGCUUCUCUUCUGCAAUUCCUCUUUACAAAUCCGGUAUCGGAAAUAAUAAGCGACCGCCAAAUCAUAGAGAUCCGGGAUCGCUGUAUCAAUGUGAAUCUGAGGCGUUCAGAGCUGCCUCACAUGCUUAGAAGCGAGCUGUUGUAUUCACCUUACCCUGUGCUUCCCGUGCUUCAGCAGGCUUAUGGCUUGGCCAAAGGAAGCUGCGCUGCAACGCUUGUCAAUACUUUUGACGCGCUCGAAUCAGAGUACGUGAAAUAUUUAGAGGAAUCCACAGGUAAGCCCGUCUGGGGUAUAGCUUGCCCUCUUCACAAACCCCAAUUUGGGGUCGAAAAUGAAUCAGAGUGCAUCCGUUGGCUGGACACACAAAAGGAAAAGUCCGUCUUUUAUAUCUCAUUUGGAUCUCAAGCUUUUCUUUCAGAGGACCAAAUGAAAGCCCUCGCCAAGGGCAUCGCAGCCAGUAAUCAGCCCUUCAUUUGGACGAUUAAGGAUCCCGUUGGAGGCCACGUUAAUUCCUGCGAUUUUCUUCCAGAGGGUUUCAUCGAAGCAACGAGAGACAGAGGAAUGGUAAUCCACGGGUGGGUGCCUCAGCGCCUAAUUCUGUCCCAUCCUUCAACUGCAUUUUUUAUGAGUCACUGUGGAUGGAAUUCGACAUUAGAGAGUAUCAGCGCUGGAGUGCCAAUGGUGGUCUGGCCCAUGGCGUUCGAUCAAUUUGCUAACGCCAGAUUGUUAAUUGAGCAGUUGGGGUUUGGAUUGCAGAUCUGCGAGGGAUAUGACGCCAUUCCUAGUAGUGAUGUUGUGGAAAACACAGUGACGAUAGCCAUGACAGCGGAAAUUGGUAAAGAUAUGCGUCAACGCGCACUCCAAAUUAAGGAAUCCAUUAAUGAAGCAUCCAGCAAGUUAAGCGUCAAAGCUUUUGUAUCUUACAUCCUCAGCCUUGGCUUGGAUGAUAAUAAGUGA